GGGCGCGGAGGGACACGGCAGCGCUGGUAGCGGCGGCGCCGGGAUGUGGCUUUCCUUUUCCGGUUGGGCAGCGGCGGAGCCGGACGGGAGCACGCGGGGUGCGCGCUGCCAUCAUGGCUUGCGCUCGACCGUUGAUAUCUGUCUACUCUGAGAAGGGGGAAGCAUCUGGCAAGAAUGUCACCUUGCCAGCUGUGUUCAAGGCACCCAUUCGCCCUGACGUCGUGAACUUCGUUCACACCAACCUGCGCAAGAACAACAGGCAGCCCUAUGCUGUCAGCGAGCUCGCAGGUCAUCAGACCAGUGCUGAGUCUUGGGGUACUGGGAGAGCUGUUGCUCGUAUUCCUCGAGUACGAGGUGGCGGAACUCACCGCUCUGGCCAGGGUGCCUUUGGAAAUAUGUGUCGUGGAGGCCGCAUGUUUGCCCCAACCAAGACUUGGCGACGCUGGCACCGCAGAGUGAAUAUAACUCAGAAACGUUAUGCCAUCUGUUCUGCCUUGGCAGCAUCAGCUCUUCCAGCACUGGUCAUGUCUAAAGGCCACCGCAUUGAGGAGAUCCCGGAACUUCCUCUGGUUGUUGAGGACAAAGUUGAGAGUUACAAGAAAACAAAGGAAGCUGUUCUCCUCCUUAAGAAGCUUAAGGCUUGGAAUGACAUCAAAAAGGUUUAUGCCUCUCAGCGCAUGAGGGCUGGGAAGGGUAAGAUGAGGAAUCGCCGUCGCAUCCAGCGCAGGGGACCUUGCAUCAUCUACAAUGAGGACAAUGGUAUCAUUAGAGCUUUCCGGAAUAUCCCAGGAAUUACUCUUCUUGAUGUGAACAAGCUGAACCUGCUGAGGCUUGCUCCUGGUGGCCACGUUGGGCGUUUCUGCAUUUGGACUGAAAGCGCCUUCCGCAAGCUGGAUGAUCUGUACGGCACCUGGCGCAAACCAGCCACUCUGAAGAGCGACUACAACCUGCCGAUGCACAAGAUGACCAAUACAGACCUUGGGAGAAUCCUGAGAAGCCAGGAGAUCCAGAAGGCACUGCGUGCUCCAAAGAAGAAGAUUCACCGCAGAGUCCUGAAGAAGAACCCGCUGAAGAAUCUGAGAGUCAUGAUAAAACUGAACCCAUACGCCAAAACGAUGCGACGCAACACCAUCCUGCGCCAGGCUCAGAACCACAAACUCAAGGAGGAGAAGAGAGCCAAAGCCAAGGCCAACGUCACGUCCAAGGCCAAGCUGUCGGCUAAGGCGCAGACAAAAGCCAAGGUUGCAAGCAAGGCUGCAGGAAAGGCUGCAGGAAAGGGCCCGGCCAAAGCCCCAGCCAAAGCGCCAGCAAAAUCCCCAGCCAAGGCCCCGGCAAAAUCCCCAGCCAAGGCCCCAGCGAAAUCAGCAGCGAAGGCCCCGGCAAAGGGCAAGGCUGAAGCGUGAGCAGGAGGCAGCACUUGAACACCUGAGCUCAGAAAGUUGUACCGUGGAUCUACAGCAAAUAAAUUCUAUCGGAAGAGUGA